AUGCGCGAAACAUUGAACAAAGCCCUACGAAGGGCGCGUUCCGUCUUCGAACCAUCAUACCACGCGGCCUGGCCUCUUCGUGACGGAGAUAUUGCAAAGCCCGCUUUGAAUCCACAGCGACGAUGCCCGCUCUUUGAAAAACUGAGCGCGGAGCUUCGCAUCACGAUCUACCGAGCCGUGCUCACCGACCCCCAUCGCUUCCUGCAUAUAUGCAGAAACAGAGAAUGGCCUAAGCGGAGAGCCUGGGAACGAAAGCAGCGAAAGGUCGCCCAUCUCUGGUGUAUGGACAUGGACUCGCCGUUUCCGACAUGGCAGCACGCAUGCUACGGCGAGAGAUACGAACAAAAUCCGGGGUCACUACCGCGUUUCGUCUCUCGGUGCAUAACCAAGACGGAUGACAAGCUGCUUUCGCUCCUGUUAACAUGCCGUAUCGUGUACUCAGAAGCGCUUCCCAUCUUGUAUCGAGACAACACAUUCCAUUUCAGAGGAGCGCCGGGUCUUUUGGCUUUCCAAUCCUCCAUAUCAACGGUUCAAUGGCACGCCGUCCACCAUAUCCACCUCUCUACUCUCUAUGAUCGCGCUGCCAUGUUCUAUCUCCAGGAUGAGGUAUGGCCACCAGAAAACCCUUUGAACUGGGAAGAGUGUGGCCGACUCCUUUGCGAAUUACCGAGCCUCGAGUCUUUGAAACUAGAUAUCACUGCGCAGAUUGACGCACGCAACCUAGAUUCAUUACUGAUGGCCGCUUUAAACCCACUGAAGAGCGCCAAUGCAAAGGUAUUUGAGGUGGAGCUAAAUGUAAAGCCGUCGCCCGCGGUGUGGGAUCGGUUGAGAGAGGCGAACUUUGUCACCACGUUCAGGGAAAGACCAGAAAAUGUGGAAGCGUACGGUACUGGAAUAAGCUUGUCUCUUUAA